AUGGCAAAAUGUUCAAGUUGUAAUGGAGAUGUAGUUGAUAUUGACGAAAAGUUGGUUUGUCAAGAAUGUGGUAAUAUCCAAAGCGAGUUAGGAAGAUUUACACAACAAUUGGAUUUCUCAGCUCCUGGUGUUAAUGUUUCUUUAGGAGGCCACUCAAAUACAACAACCAAGAAAGUUUAUUUUUCAAACACAGGCUGCAAAGGACCAUACCACAAUAAAUUUGAGGAUGCCCUAGAGUAUAUAUGUAAUCAAUUAAAAACUUCAGUUAGCUUCAAGAAUACAAUGAGAACUCAUUAUUAUUUAGCGUUUUCAAAGUGGAGGCCCAUUAGAAGAAUAGAUCCAACUUAUAGUUAUGUAUGUGCAGCAUUGGCCCAUAUCGUAUAUAGAUCAGAGAAUAAAGGUACUACAUUAGCAGACAUUGGUAUCAAAUUAAAUUUAAAGUAUUAUACUAUUGGGAAAAUAUCAAUGAAGAUUCAAUCGGUGGCUGGUAUUUUAGUGGAUGAAUUAUCAGAAUUUAGCUAUUUGGAUAGGGGCUGUAAUAUUUUAAAAAAGUCAUAUAGCUACUCUCACGAAGACUGCGAAUCAACCAAACGUUUAGCAUCCGAACUUAUCAAGUUUUGUAAAACUAUUUCACUCUCUGAUGGAAGAAACCCAAGCUCUAUCUAUUGCGCAUGUCUAUAUUUAGCACAAUGUUACAAGUUAACAACUAUUUCUCAAGAUAUUUUAAAUCAUUUUAAUAGUAAUGGUAUCGACAAUGGUGAUGAUCCAAAGCAAAACAACACUGAUAUCAAUGGUAAAAGAAAAGCUAAAGGUAAAAGCAAGGCACAAGAAUUAAUGAAACCAUUCUUUGAAGAUUUAGUUAAAGAAAUGAACGCCCCAUCACAUGGUACAAAUCUAAGAAUUAAAGAAAUCGAAGCUCAACUUACCUCAUAUUACAAAGAAAGUCCCUUUUUUUCACAAUUAGUAAAUCCUUUAAAUUUUUAUCAAUGGUUACCGAUGAUAUUAAAAGAUUUUUUAAUUAAGCAACAGCCUGAUGAAAACAACCAAGAAGAAAAAGAAGAGGAAAGUAGUGGCGAAGACAAAGAGUUUGAAAUUGAAAAGAAUUUAGAAAAAGAAAACAAUGACGAUAGCUUUGAUGAAGAAGAAAAUAAUUUAAAUAACAUCGUUGACGAUGAGAAUCUAAACGAUAUUCCCACAAAAAUACAAACACCAGAAAACAGAAAGAGAAGCAAUUGUGAAAUAGCCAUUGACGAUGAGAGUCCAAAUGCUAUUAAGAAAUUGAAAUCUCUCAAUAAAGAAUCAAAUGAUUGUAGUAGCGGCGAUGAAUCAAGUGACACUAAAAGCAUUUCAAGUUUAGCAUCAACAACUGCAAUCACAACAUCAACCACCGCCACUUUCAAGGGUACAAAGAAGAUAUUUGAAGCAAUUUUAAAAAGUGAUAAUCCAAACACCCCUUUCCCACCAGCUUAUAUUAAAUCAGAAUAUAAAAAAACAAUUAAAAAACUAAGACUCAUCAAGGUGAAAUUAGAUUUGUUGGGAAAAGGUCAAAUUGAUAAAUCUAGAAUAACCAAAGACGACAUUCAAUUCUACGAUAAAUUUAAAGAGUUCAAGCCAGCCCCAAGUAUAAAACUAGAGGGUCCGAUCGAGAAACUAUUGAUUGAGGGUGUUGGUGAAGAUACUAUUUUAGAAGGUUUUACUGACCUCGACUCGAUCCAACUGGAUUGCUUUUUAAAUAAUAACAAAAAUUAUUUGGAUGAUGAAGAAUUAAAUGACUUGGAUAUCCCAGAUGAAAGCUUACAACUAUAUAUUAGAUCUGGUAAAGAAAAAGAAGAAUGGAAUCAAAUUUUAAAGUCAACCUACGUUAAAGAUGAUUUCGAAUUUUAA